AUGGCGUCUGGCAUGCGCUUCUCCAGCCCGACACGGAGGCACCUGAAUUCCGCUACCUCGAGGGUCACAGUCGUUGCCGCGCCCGUCCUGCGGAUUCUGUCUGCCUUCUUUGCUCGAUUCGCAAACCGGCAGUUCCUCUUCGCCAUAUGCGUCGUCGCCAUAACCAGCGGCAAGCUGGUGCACAUAUAUGCCCAUAUCACGGCGCUUGCCUUCCGCUCCCUCGCGCGCUGGGGCCUCACAUUCUUCACACAAGAUACCGCCUUCUUAAUAUUAAUACGACUGCUGCUCGACACGGAGAUAUACCCUUGGCGGUGGCUGCGCAUCGUCCUCACGUCCCUGGCGACGCUCCUCGUCACGAUUGUGCUGACCCUGGCGGCCAUCAACAACUCCUUCUUUGUCGUCGCGGGCUCCGAGCCCCACUGGCGCAAUGCUGGCUUGGCUAGCAACGCCUCGUCGUGGAAGCUGGCAGUGACGGGGUUGUUCACGUGCUUAAUUGUCUUGGCAAUCAUCCUCGGCAUCAGCUGGGUCACGCAGGACAUCUUCUACUACCUGGCCGGCCUCGCCCUGAACAUUCUCAAGUGGCCCUUUGCCUUUGUGUACGGCAAGCUCCCGGCUCGCAUGCGCCCCGCAGCCAACGUCAGAUAUACUCAUGUCCCGCAGCAGGACGUCGAGGGGGGAUCUGAGCUCAUGGGCAAGGAGGACGACGACAUCGACUCCAGCGGCGCCAGCGGCUCCAGCGGUUCCAGCGUUGUCUCCGACGUGCGCCGGCAUACGAGAUGGACGACUGCCCUCUAUGUUCUGGUCGGCUUCACCCUGUUCCUCCAAGUCCUGCUGUACAUCAUCCGGCCGAGCGAAGGCUCUUAUACCUACAUGUCGUGGACCUUGCCGCUGCUGCCCUUUGCGGAUUUCGCCCACUCGUCGCCCAUUCUGGCUGCGCUCACCCCCGUCUACGACGUGAGCAUUGGCUGGAACUGGGACAACCGCACCGCGCUGGUGGAGCCUAUUCGGUGGGAGUGGCUGCCAAAGGACCCUCUCCCAGGGUUCCAAGACUGGUACACGGCAGAGGAGACGCACUACCGUGCUGCCCAGGAUCCCCUGAAGAUUUCCAACCUGAAGAACGACGUCCUCCCGGGGCUCCGCGACAAGCUGGCCAACAUCACAAUCAAGAACGUGGUGCUCAUCAAGCUCGAAAGCACGAGAAAGGAUGCUUUCCCCGUCAAGAAGGAUGGCCUGUUCUAUAAGCUUGCGGUUGACUCGUUUGAGAACGGCACACUGCCCGAGACGGCCGAGAAGAAGAUAUCCACGCUCACCCCCACCGCCAAUUUCUUGACGGGAGACUACGAGGACGGCUUCGAGCACAAGGAGAAGAAGCGACGAGGUGGACUCAACGCCAACAACUGCCACACAUCGGCUAGCUACACGCUCAAGAGUCUGACGGGCACGCUUUGCGGACUGUCGCCACUGGUCGCCGACUUCAACGCCGAGGUGUCGCAUCACAUCUACCAGCCCUGCUUGCCGCACAUUUUUGACGCCAUGAACCUCGGUCUUAAAAAGGACGGCGACAAGGACGACUUUACUUCGCACAAGUGGAAGUCGUCCUUUAUGAUGUCGGUGACGAAUGGAUUCGACAAGCAGGAUCAGCUCAUGGUGCAGCUCGGCUUCCCGCGGAACAAUACCGUCUCCAAGGAGUAUCUCAAGAGUGACGACGCCAAGUUUGGCAAGGUGGACGUUGAAGACAUCAACUACUACGGAAUGCCCGAGUACGUCAUCGAGGACUAUGUCCGCGAUGCGUUCAAGACGGCCAAGGAGAACAAGGAGCGAGUGUUCCUGACGCACCUGACCAGCACCACGCAUCAUCCCUUUGGGCUGCCGGACGACGUCGAGCACGUCCCUAUCACCAGCGAGGAGGGCUCCAAGCUGGACAACGUGUCCAAGUACCUCAACGCCAUUGGGUUUGUCGACCGCUGGCUCCAGAAGAUUCUGGAUAUUCUUGACGAGCAAGGAGUCGCGGAUGAGACGCUGGUCGUCUUUGUCGGCGACCACGGCCUCUCGGUGCCGGAAAACGACGGCAUCACGCCGUACUACAACACCAACAUUGGCAACUUCCACGUGCCGCUGGUCUUUUCCCACCCUCAGCUGCCUGCCAUCGACAUCGACGAUGCGGUCAUUUCCUACCAGAUCCUGCCCACGAUUCUCGACCUGCUGUUGGAGACGGGCUCGCUCUCGUCAUCGCAGACGCAGAUUGCAAAGGACAUGAUUGACAACUACGAAGGACAGUCCAUGCUGCGAUCGCUCAUCAACGUCAACGACAAGACGGGCCAGCCCAACUGGCAGUUUAGCGUCAUGAACCCCGGCCGAGCCACCGUUGCCGUCCGUGACAGCCGCGAGCCGCACUGGAGGCUGACGGUGCCCAUCAUCGAGAACACCGAGUGGCGCUUCACGGACCUGGACACGGAGCCCCACGAGGAGAAGCAUCUCGUUGCCUUUGACUUUCCCGGCUUCCUGCACAAGAUUGAGCAGGAGAGGUCGGUGGAGGCGGCGCACUGGGCGGAGCAAGCUGCGUUUGUGGCGCGGUGGUGGGUUGAGGAGAACAGCCUGCGCUGGCACUACGACCCGUCCGAAUAA